GUUAUUUUUACCCAGAAAUUCAGCCAAUAUGUCUAUGCAGCCGUAUUCUGAUGAAGAGCUGAACUACUUCAAGUUUGCGUCGAUUGUCCUAAAGGAAUUCCCAGAUGCUUUGCGUAGCAUCUUUGUAGACAUGUGGGACACCAAUGUUGCAGCAAGUUCCACCGUUUGGGAUGACUCCCGUUUUGUACGCAAUAUACUCCACAACAAUGAGGCUCCAAACACAAAAAUUCCCACGAACAGCUCAUUUAAAGAGUGGGACUGCACUGCACUAUUUCAAGCCACUCUGUAUGCAAGAACAUUUGCGCUACCAGACAGCACAGGAAAGAAAAAGACGCUCGGAGAAAUGUAUUUAAAAGGACGAAAGCCAGCCCCUUCUCCAUUCCACUCUGCAGUGACAAGCUCGAGUGGAGAUGCAAAUGAAACGAUUGCACUUGCCAUUGAUCAGCUUCGUCUUUUGCGAAACACCCUUUGUCAUACAUCUAAUAAAGUCACGUUCGAUGACUAUGUUAAGCACGCCAAAGAUGUGUUCGCUGCUUUGAAUUUUAGCACGAUAUCUCUGGAGAGGAUUGGCAAUUUGAAAGAAUCGGAUUUUCCUACAAAGGAAGCACAAAAAGUCAAGGAAAAAAUCAAUCGUCAGAAAAAUGAGUACUAUCUGUUUCUCCAAAGCAACGUUAUAGAUGAAAUAAGUGGAAUGAAAGAUGGAAUGAAAGAUGGACUGAGUGAAAUGAAAGAUGGAAUGAGUGGAAUGAAAGAUGGAAUGAGUGGAAUGAAAGAUGGGAUGAGUGAACUAAAAGAUGGAAUGAAAGAUGGAAUGAGUGGAAUAAAAAAUGGAAUGAGUGGAGUGAAAGACGGAAUGAAAGAUGGAAUGAGUGGAAUAAAAGAUAGAAUGUGUGAAAUGAAAAACGGAAUUGGUGAACUGAAAGAUGGAAUGAAAGAUGGAAUGAGUGGAAUGAAAGAUGGAAUGAGUGAAAUGAAAGAUGGAAUGAGUGAAAUGAAAGAUGGAAUAAGUGGAAUGAAAGAUGGAAUAAGUGAAAUGAAAGAUGGAAUGAGUGAAAUGAAUCAAAAACUGAAUAGCGUCGAAGGAGUAUUAACACAGACAAAAGAAACCACAGGUAUGUUGUUUAUGUAUAAUUAUAGUAUUAUACCUCAACAAUUGAUUUUCCAAUCGGAAAGCUGCAUUUAUACCAUAUGAUCAAUAAUUUUAUCGUUGAAUUCCUUCAGCCUCAUAUUGAUCAUAAGUUGAUAUGCCUAGCUCCAGUGGGGGUAAUAGCGAACUUAAGCAAACUUAAUCUAGUACGGGGACGUGUCAAGUAACUGCCUUAAAUUUUACACUUUUAUAAUUGUAAAGAACUACAAGAUGAAGUGUGUGGAAUAAAACAUAAAAUAAGUGGAGUGGAACAUGAGGUGAAAAGAAUUAAUAAAAAAUUAACACAGACAAAAGAAACCACAGGUAUUUUGUUUAUGUAAUACUUUACCUUAAAAAGUGAUUUUCCAGACUGAUGCGCACCCAUUCUCGUCCCCAGAGCAAUUUUCACUCGGUCACUCGUUGAAAAUUAGGCUCUGGGACAGACGACUAUAGGAAGAGAUCUGAUUGGCUUCUCAGAGAACUGCUAUUUCGCAGAAGUUGAGCAGUUUUCGCUGAGCAAAAUUAUUCUAUCAACAUAUGUCAACACAAAUACUUCGUUUCUUCUUAAUACUUCACUGUGAAAAUUCUUACGGGUGCUAAAGUGUCCCAAUUCAAGAGAAUGCUCUUUGGAAACUACUGCAAGUUUUCUUGCACUUCCGGUUCCGUGUGUCUCAGGGUCUAGGGAGGACGAACGCGGCCGAGAGGCCCUGGGGACGAGGAUGAUGCGCAUGCAGUUAUGAAUAGAAUGUAUACAGUCCCUUUUGCCCCACACCCUCUCCCGUGCCAGUUCCCCAGUCCUCCCGCUGCAUGGGAUCGAUUCCCAUCCGCGCCCAAGUAAAAUUUUUCUCUGAUUAUCCGAUCGAUUGUCGCGUCACACUUUGUUAUCAAUAAGAUAUCUGCAAAUGGUUUUUAGUGGAAAAGAAGGUAUACAUUGGUAUUCUUGUUUUCUUCGACUAAAUGUGUACCACGCUACUAAUAUGCAUUUCAAAUCAUGCAUUUCUUGUCUGUUUCAAGUAAAAAUGCCAUAUAAUAAACGUUUUAUUAACCUCGCUUGCUCGUUAUAUACAGAGAAAUAUCGGACCUCAGUCUUUUUCAGUGACGUAACUAGAGGGGGGUCACGGGGCCGGGCCCCCUGGCAAAAUUAUUGCCCCCCGCUGGGAAAACUCAAAGUUAGACUUCAUGGUUAAAACACCAACCGAGGGCAUUUUCCUUUCUUCUUGGUUAAAACACGCGCGCUUAAUUUAUAUGCUCAAACUUUUCUGUGUUUGGAAAUUUCCAAUGUCGCGUCCUGUUGGCUCCAUUUGUAGUCUCUUAAUCGAAACACAUAGAAAGUUUUUUCAGCUUUUAACAUUUUCAGCAACUAAGGAGAAUUUGGUAAAUUAACUUACCAUUAUUCGAGGCAUUCCUCUUUGAUUAUCAAAAUAACAACAAGCAAGUUGGUCGUACGUGCAGGGUUUUACUUUAUCAGCUAACCCAUCUAACAAGGCAAACUUAUUAAAUAGGUUAAUCAAGGCCGUAGCAACCAAGUGGGGGGGGGGGGGCUGCGUCCAUCCCACAAUAAGUGGCUCAUUAUAUCCAUGAUAAACUGCAAAGAAUGAAGAUAUUACCCAUACGUUCCUGCAACCUAUCCAAAAUAUAGUUAAUUAAACACGCCUUCGCCCAGUUAGUACUACUAAAUUGUAAAUUUCGUACUAAUACAUUUUUUUCUGACCAUCAGAAUUCUGUCAAAUCUUCCCCAAAGUUUAGGAAAUGGCAUUUCAGAGACUCUAAAUUUAAAAAUUUCCUCGGGCUUUCGGCCCUCGCUUUCAGCUCUCCCAUGCAAUCACUAUAUAAGAGUUUCUUACGGCACUGGUUAACGUAUGGCUCAUUGUGAAUAUUUUAUUCCUUAUAUAGCGUUGUUAUACCUUUGGUAUUCAAUUUAAUGUUUGUUGUAUUUGCAGUUUUACAAUUAAACAAAACUAAUUUGGUGUGCCUAUGUGUACGUACUUUGUUUUCUUCUUUUCAGUUUUCAUCUUGUUUGAAGUGCCCCCCCCCUGAAUUUUUUGCGGCCCCCCCUUAACCAGAAAUCCUGGCUACGCCACUGGCCUUUUUGUACAAACCUCACCCUACGGGCUCGGUCUGUACAAAAAAGUCCUCGGUCCGAUAUUUCUCUGUACAGACCUCGCGUUCGGUUAAUAAGACGUUAUUAAUACGUCAAAUUUGACCAGUCGACUUGUAGAAUUGGUAUAUUCACUCGUACAAAAAUACUGAAAGCUAAUAUCCUGCUAGUAGAGAGCCAAUUCAGAAUGUGGAAUAGCUUAGGGACCAUUUAGUACUUAUGACCGGGGCUGGACUGGCAAAAAAGGGGUCGAUCAUGAGUUAUUUUUGGCCAAAAAAGGGGGGGUCACCUAAAAAUAUUGGCUCAGAAGGGGAGGCAGUCCAGUUAUUUUAUUAUAGUGGGGGAAACUUGACAUGUAACGUAACGAUUAUUGCUACCUCAGGGAGCGAGCAAGGCAGCAAAUUUAAUUCAUGUAGCUGGCAAAAUUCUCAGUUUUAAUCAAUCAGUUUUAAUCAGCUUAUAUGAAAAACAAUCGAACAUCUACCUUAUAACUUUUGCUAUGAACUUGCCAUAAAUUUUUGUCAUGUUUUCCUGAUGUACAUUUUAAUAAAAAAAAAAAAAGUCACGAUAACGAGUGAGCAAUGUGGCAACAUUACGUCCAGAGCGAGUUUGGCGUAUGCUAUAGUAUAUACAUGGUUUAAUUUAGUAAGCACAUAAUGUAUAGUACUUUGUAGUGCAGAAAAUACACGGAAACUGAAUUCUAAUUUUUAAAACAGCAUUUUUUUUAUCAAAAUACUUCUGGCCAGUCUAAAGUUUGGAUUAGCAGAGUUUGUUCUGAUUAAAUAGUUAUAUUGUUAAAGCACAAGAAAAUGUAGAUCUGAUGCCUGGUCAUGUGUCUAUGUAUACAUCGGCGGUGGUUGUGGUGGUGGUGGUGGGGGGUUACUAUUUUUUAGAAUUCACGUGAAGGGGUCAUUGAAUUUUUUUGUGAUGCAGAGGUGGGGGAAAAUCAUUUUGUUUAUUUGUUAAUUGAAUUUUGCCAGGCCAUCCCCGGGCAUAAAUAAUAAAUAGUCCCUUUUUGUUUGGUAGUAAGAUAGUUGUCUAUAUAAUAAUACUGUAUGCCGCUUUCUUCAUCACGUAUCGAUUUAGGAUCAUCAUCCAUGGAUAAUUUAUCCCUGGAACCACAAUUGGUCAUUGUCCUUUAAGGUGGUUGGAUAUAUUAAUACACACAAAAUCCCUUACACAAGAAUCGCAAAAACAAAACGUUACGCUAUAUGAACAAAUCCUAAUAUUAAUCAGGAAUAGGCCCAACAUAUAUAUGACCUGACGUGGAGACCUGCAUGCUCACGUCAUCUCGCGCAAUUGUACGUGGUUAUAACGCGUUCCAUGUCAAUUGCUCACUCAUGAAUUAUUUCGUGCGGUGACCUAUGUUGAAAUUUUGCACGCUGUAUUGUCUACCUCCUCCGCAGGCCUUUCAAAAAUAUAAAAUUGGUGGGAAACGAACGGAAAGGCCUGCGGACUAAUUUUCCAAAAUGGCGGGAGCCACAAACCGAAUUAUUUACCAGAACAAUAUUAAUUAUUAUUAAUUUAAAGUCUUUAACUACUUCUGAUUAGACCGCUUUUCGUAUCCACAAUAUACAUAAAAACAGAGAAUACUGAACAAACAAGCAUACAAUGAUUUAUAAAAGAGAAGCACGUAAAUAUCACUGAGUUUAUAAUUUGCAUAUUACAAACACGCAGCGCUUUUACAUGUAGCACGUCGUAUGGUAGGUAGGUAGGUAAUACUUUAUUUAAAAUUAACAGAAAGAAGAACACGCUAGCCCCAUCAACUCUAGGCUGGUUUCCAUGGGGGGCGUGUUUAGAUCUUAAAAAUCAUUAAAAGAAAAAUUUAAACCAAAUAUUAGUACACACAUACUGUACACGUUACUAUAUACAAAUAAUUAGAAAGCAUGUCGCUGUCCAACAAUUGAUUUAAACGAAUGAGGCGACUCGGCCAAUUUUGCUUCGUUUUGGAGUUGAUUCCAGAGCAUAGCGCCGCUAUAUUUAAAACUUUUUUUAAGAAAUUCUCGUUUCGGUUUAGGAAUUGUUAGAUCAGUUGCUGUGUUUCGAAGAUGAUAAUUAGUUUGAUCUAUUUCUCUUCUCACGAAUGACCCCCGGAGACCUGCCGCAGUGUGGUCGUUAAGUAUUUUAUACAUUAAUACUGACUUGGCACCAGACCGCCUAUUUUCAAGUGUAUCCCAAGAAAGCAUGUUGAGAAGAUCAGCUGAGCGAGUAUCAUAAUUAGCACCCGUUACGACUCUUGCUGCACGAGACUGAAAUCUUUGCAACUUGUCUCUUAGCAACUUACCACAAGUGUCCCGAAGGGGGGAACAAUAAUCAAAGUAGGGCUGCACAAGACUUUUAUAAAUCGAUACUAAGGUAUGCAUUGGAACAAAGGGCUUUAUACGUUUCAUAGCGCCAAUAGCAGCGCUCGCCUUCUUGCAUAUCAUUUCAAUGUGACUAUCCCAAUUAAGGGUUUCAUCUAGUUUUACUCCUAGGCACAUUUGUGUAGCAAUUCGUGAUAUGGGUUUUGCAUUAGCCACAACGGGUUCCUCAAACAUUAUAUUAUUAAGAUUAUACGGGGAGCCAAUAAACAUCAUUUUACAUUUUGAUGGAUGCAUCUGCAGCCUAUUUUCUUUAAGCCAGUUACAGACAUGGGCAAGAUCUGAAUUUAAAUAUACAACAAGUUCAUUUGCAUCGUAGGAAGAUGAAAAGAUUUGAGUAUCAUCCGCGUACAUGCAUGGAUUAGUUGAUUUCAAACAAUCGGGCAAAUCAUUAAUAUAUAAUAGGAAUAGCAGUGGUCCCAGUAUAGAUCCCUGGGGCACUCCACAGGUGAUAAUUUUAUUACUAGAUAAUUCUCCAUUAACAUUACAUUGCUGUUCUCUAUUUGUUAAAUAUGACUCAAAAUUUAUUCCAUUUAUAUUUGUCUUUUAUACAGUGUACCCAUUUGGCCAAAUGAUAGAUUCACGACGUCUAUUAUCACUGUCGCUUGUGCUUGUAAAACCCUCCAAUAUUUGAAUCUGCUCGUCGCCUUUAUCGGCCAUAACUGCCAAGAUAUAUUUAGAAAAUACUCGCAAAACAGGAUUGGCAGACGAUGUGCCAUAUUUUCAAGAAAUUUGAUCCAACCGAGUAAUCGACACUAUAUGCCAAAAAAUCGACAUGUUAUUCAGCUUCGUCUCAGAUUUCAAAUUUUAACCAGCGAACGGGCAUACUGCUUACGGGUUGUAUGGCCUGAGGAGGAGGUAGCUGUAGUGUAUACUGCAAAAGUCUUUCAAUAUACCAAAAAUAAAACAUCUGUAAUGCAAAAAAUUUUUAUCGAAAAAAACGAGAAUUUUGGGCUGUUUUUUUUUUUAAAUGACAUCGCAUAUUUUUUGUAUAUUGCUUAUAGUACUGUAAUAGUCUAUGUUGUAAGUAAAAUAUUCCAUGACAAAAAUUGGGGAUCACCGUGCUUCUUUCCCAAACACACAAACCAAUAGGCUAUUGUAGAGUAAAUUUCGUAAGCGCAUGUUGCUAUAGUAACGAACUCCUACUGCCCCCGGCACAGUCUAGACCUGCGAUCUUUAGUUGACUGGCGGGAUAGAUUCCCAGGAACCGCCAACGUGCAUUAUGUGCAUGGUUUCACUUUGCAGAUUCUUCUGUCUCGGCAAAUAAAAAUAAAACUCUCUUCCGUCUGUCACUCGGCCCGUCCGUCUGUCAAUCUUAUUUUUCGUUGUUAUGUUCAUUUGUUUAGGCCAAUGCACCACCACGGCGGAUUCCGAAUUCAAAGUUUUUAACGAUGUUCUUUUGCUCACAGUGGACGACACGGAGUUUAACGAAGCGCAAAAAAUAUUAGACAAUGUCGAAAUACCCAGCAAGAAAGACGAAAGUGACAAAAACCGUUGCUUUGGAGAAAUCGGUAGCAAUAAAGUGACGCUCUUGAAAGUUCCACACUUCGGCAACACCCGCACUUCGUCAGGUCAUGACGUUCUGGUUUAUGAAACAAUCCAAGAACUUAAACCGAAAGCUAUUGUUACUCUGGGAGUUUGCGAUGGUGUAAGGAAAGAAGCACACUUCCUUGGUGAUGUCGUAGUGUCAUCACAAGUUCACUUUCUUGAGCAACAGGAUGAAGAUUUGUCAAAUUUUGAUCGUACAACGUAUGACUGCAAUUUGGGAUUGGUGCAUUUGUUCGGCCGUGGGAAAUUUGCAUGGGAUGGUCCUUGUGAAAAUGUUGUAGUUCCAAAAGUCCAUAUUGGUCAGUUUAGGACAGGUUUACAAGAUGGUGACGACAAAAAGGGGGAUUUGCACAAAGCGGGGACAAUUGGAGUAGACAAAGUGUCAAAACGUAGGUAUACUAAUGGAAUGAUUUCCUAUUGGAAAACUGGUAUAUUGUCAGUUAGAAGCGUCGUCCCGGGUGAAUUGUCUAAAUCUUCCAGAUCCGAGGAGAAGACGGUUGUGCAGUAAGAAUAAUUAAAUAAUCAAGUCCUAUUUGUAAUGAAAAGACGCAACCAAUUUCAUAACUAAUAUCAUUUUAGUCAAUUUACUCGUAAAAACUGUACCGAUUAAAGAUUUAUCGGGACGUAUACAUACGAGCCCGCGUACAUUCCGCACGGUCAGGUGAGUGCAGAAAUUUUAAACACAAAAUCUAUAUAAACGUGAAAAUUUAUAUUAUUGUCUGAGCUUUUAUUUAAGAUAAAGAAGAAAUAAAGAUUAUUUACAGUUUUUAUAGGUUUGAAUUGAAAUUUAAUGUCAGAAAUUACUCUCGUUCUACGCACUCGCAGUAUUAUAAAUAUUUCGCCAACACGCGUUAUUUACACUAUUCAAAAACGCAUUAUAUAUUCAAAUAGUCAAAAUGGCUGCCAUUCCAUCAACCUGUGAGCUUGGAAUGCCAGUGCCUAUAGACAGGGAUCGAAUCUGUAAGUUUCUAAUGACAAUUAGACGCCCUAAUCCGAGGCUAGAGAUAGUUAAAGCUCGUCAGAAAGUUAACAGAAACAUGUCACCUUCGGGUAACGCUCUCGUGUGGAAGACAUGGAUGUCUUUGAGUUUCGAUGUUUCCCUCAAAUACCAAAGAUAACCUCAGUUUUAUCGUUUUUAGGGGUAUAUGCAACAUGUCAGAACUCUCGAGUGCCGUGGCUGUCCUGUAAAUCUAUCGCAAAGUGGGAAAAUGAUGAAGGUCAAAAUUCGACUUGGUGUCAAUUUGGUGCUGCAGUUUCAGCUUCUUACAUUCAACAUGUGCUGAAGAGAUUUUAUAUUCCAGACGAAGUUCAAGGUAUGUACACGGUUACCAAAUAUAUGGAGAAUAAUACGCACAAAAACACCUGGACUAAAAUUUUUCUUGUUUAAAAUUAAUGGUGUUUAGAGUAACUUACUGUUCCUUGAUAAAUUUCCUAGUUAAUUUAACCACAGUACUGGUUGUUUGGUCACCAUUGUGGCUAAUCUAAACAGGAUUCCUGGUUCGUUUAACCAGGCUAUAUGGUUAAACUAACGAGAUCAUGUUAGGUGGAUUAUUAACCAGGAAUAUAACAUUUUGAAUGAUUUGGU